ACAGCUCCCAUAAAGGCAAUACGGUGUUGCAACGUAAUCUACAUGCGACCAUUGUGGCCUGCGAAAAUUUUCUCAAUUAGCCGCCGCGUCCGCGCAAGGAAACUUCAUUUUCGGAAGCUGCCCAAGGCUGGCGCUCGCUGACAAAUAAGGCCACAUAUAAAUACCCAUACACCCUCUAUUGUCUUAUUCAGGGAUCAGCCAUUCAGCUCUGCAGUCGCAUUUGAGUAGUGUUUGCAUAAUGUAUUGUUUAGAGUGUGUAACUUUGGUGGUGAUCGCUGCAGUGGCGCAGGCGGAUCCUAAUCCCAAAUAUAACGGAGUUUUUCAGCCAUCGAUGGAAGUUGGAAAUUAUGAAGGAUAUUAUCAAGAUCGCCCCAGAUACGCCUUCAAUUAUGGAGUGGCAGAUCACAGCACCGGUGACGUGAAGUCACAACACGAGACACGAGACGGUGAUGUUGUCAAAGGACAAUAUUCCCUAGUGGAACCCGACGGCUCCGUUCGAACAGUCGAUUACACGGCGGACUCUGUCAAUGGCUUCAACGCCGUAGUCUCGAAGAGUGGACCGAGUCUUCAUGCAGCACCACCACCUCAUCAUGGCCAUCAUCAACCUUCACUGCAAAUCAUUCCUCAAGCCAUACCUCAGGGACAUCACGGGAUACCACAGGGAAUACCCCAAGGAAUACCCCACGGAAUACCCCAAGGGAUACACCAAAGAAUACCACAAGGAAUCCCACAUGGACUACCUCAGGGAGUAAUCGCUCGUGGACCAGUCGUACACUAUUUGGAAAAAGCUGUGCCCAUCCCCGUAGAAAUUUAUCCUAAGCGAAUAUUUGGAACUGGUGGUCCUAUUUUUGCCAAGGUUGGUCCGCAGUUUCCCGACUACGAGGGAUUUGGCAUCGACGAGUAUGAAGUACCCUACCCGUUUCAGUUUGAAUAGUUAGUAGAUAUAUAGUAACUGUACUUAUACUUAAAUAUUAUUAAAUUAUUCAAUA